AUGAGACUGAACAUCUCUCUGCUUUUCUCACUCUCAGCAUCCCUGCUCGGUGCUGAAGGACUCCCCAACACAAACAAGGGCUUCGUCACUGUCAAAGGUGACAAGUUCCAGCUAAACGGAAAAGACUUUUACUUUGCGGGCUCCAAUGCCUAUUAUCUUCCAUUUCAGCCAAGUCAAAAGGAUGUUGAGCGUGGACUAGGGGCAGCUAAAAAAGCAGGCUUAAAUGUUAUGCGUACCUGGGGUUUCAACGACAGGAACGCAACCACCGACCCGAAAGGCUUCCCCAAAUAUGGAGGCGAAGGUGCCGGCGAGACUAACGUUGUUUUGCAGACAUGGAAGAAGGGAAAGGCGAGCAUUGACCUGAAGGGCUUUGACAAGGUCGUCAAGGGUGCUGAAAAGACUGACAUGAAGCUCAUUGUUGCCCUUACUAACAACUGGGCUGACUAUGGAGGCAUGGAUGUGUAUACUGUGAACCUUGGUGGAAAAUAUCACGAUGAUUUCUACAGAGAUCCCAAGAUCAAGAAGACCUUCAAGAAAUACAUCAAGGCCAUGGUCCAGCGCUACAAGCACUCUUCCGCGAUUAUGGCAUGGGAGCUCGCCAAUGAGCCCCGCUGCGGCGCCGAUGGAAACCGAAACCUCCCACGAAGCGACCACUGCACCGUUGAGACUAUAUCUGAGUGGAUCGAUGAGAUGACUGCCUAUAUUAAGAAGCUUGAUCCCUACCACCUUGUCACAUGGGGAGGGGAGGGCGGUUUUAACCGCGACUCCGAGGACUGGGCUUACAACGGCGCUGACGGAGGCGACUUUGACCACGAACUUGCACUCCCCAACGUCGACUUUGGAACCUUCCAUUCUUACCCCGAGGCAUGGAGCAAGACUAUUCCCUGGGUCAGCCAAUGGAUCCGGGAUCACGCCAAGGCAGCACGCAAAGUCGGCAAGCCUGUGAUCCACGAAGAGUACGGCUGGCUCACUCCCGAGGAGCGACUGAAGCAGUACAACACAACCAGACCUGAGACGAGAGUGCAGGUUCUUGGAUUGUGGCAGCGCAUCCAGGUGCAGGAGAAGAUGCCUGAUAUGUACUGGCAGUUUGGGUAUUCGGGAUUCUCGUAUGGAAGGAACCAUGAUGAUGGAAAUACAAUCUACCUGGAUGAACCUGAGGCCAAGAUCUUGGUUUAUAAGCAUGCCAAGGAGAUGAACGCCCUCAACAAACGAAAGGGCUAG